GGAACGUUUGUGCGCGAGUCGCAGGGGACAGUGGCUGCAGGAGCGCUAGCUACCAGAUCCCAAAUUCUCGGCGUGAGUGAGAGGUUUACGUACUCCCUGCCCUCGGUGUCCUCGUUCUUUUGCAAACUUCAGGGUUUCAGCUAGGUUCAUUCUUGUGAAGGACCCAGACGCCGGCAGGUGAUCCACGAUGGGCUCCAUGACACAGACUGUGCAGGAGGUGGUGAAAGCCAUGAAGAAGCUUCGCUGUUUUGAUAGAGUGUUGGAAAAGGUGACUGUUGUCUCUGCUGAUCCUGGGAAAGUGAUUUGUGAAUUGAAAGUAGAAGAGGAGCAUGCCAAUAAGUUAGGCACACUCCAUGGAGGCCUGACAGCCACCUUGGUGGAUAACAUAUCAACACUGGCUCUGCUAUGCACAGAAAGGGGAGCACCUGGAGUUAGUGUGGAUAUGAACAUAACGUACAUGUCACCUGCUAACAUAGGAGAAGUAGUGGUGAUUACAGCACAAGUUCUGAAGCAAGGAAAAAGACUUGGAUUUGCCUCUGUGGAUCUGACCAACAAGGCCACAGGAAAAUUAGUAGCCCAAGGCAGACACACAAAACACCUUUGAAGC